CAAAAAAAAAAUUCAAACUAAUAGAAGUAUUUUUUAUAUAUCUAUCUAUUUUCUUAGAAGAUUACACAAAAUAAUUGAGAAACAUAAAUUGAUAUAUGUUCAAUUGACUAAAAAUACUUUAUAAUUAGUAUUAUUGAAGUGUUUUAUUUAUUUUUCAUAUAUUUUGUUGACUAUAAUAACUUCCAAUUACAUCAAAAACAAAAUCGAUAAAUUAUAUUUUACUUAUAUAAUAUUAUUUUCAAAUAAAAUCACAAUUUUGUGUACUGCUUAUUUUUAAGAGAUAUUGAAAACAAAAAAAAAACAAAUAAUUUCAAAAUAGAUAUAUUAUAUGUUAUCAUAUUUAAGUUAUUUGUUUUCUUAAUAUUAAAUUUUCUUUUAAAGUUUAUGUUUGUAGAACUUAAUAUAACCAUAAUCAAAAUACCAAAGCAAAUCUGAAUUCUCAUUUUUAAUAUUAUUUUAAAUAAAUUUUAGUUUCCAUUAAAUAAAUCAAAGGCAUAAAGUUAUUUAGAGUUUAUAAAAUAUUUUAAUUAUUGUAAAUAUUAAUAUGUGUUCAUGAGCUUCCAAAAAUGUAUCACCUACUUAUGUAUGUAACUUCCUAUUGAGCAUCACUUCAUUUUAUAAUAUAUUUUUAAAAACAUCAAUAUAUAAUUUGAUAAAUAUUUUGAAAAUACAUGCACGUUUAAACGAUAAAUAAAAUUAAUUUGAUUUGUCUUGAUUAUAAUAAAAAAUAAAAAUAUAUCAUUUUAAUUUGAAAGAAUAACAGUAACUCAAUAUACUCACAACAUGAGUGAUUCGACUAAUCUAAUUUGUAUCUAAAAUCAUAGAUUUACCUACAAUAAGAAUAUAUAAUUUUAUGAGAGUAGUAAUUUAUUUUAUAAAUAGAAAUCAUAGAACAACUCAAAACAUAUUAAAAUAAAAAUAAAAUAUUAAACAAUUGUUACAAUUUAGUUAUUUUCUAAAAUUUAUAUAUAUGCAUGAGACUUCAGAAUAUUAUCGUUAUAUUUAAUUUAUGUAAAUUGGAAUCAGACACUUUAGUUUAUUUUAUUUUUUUAGUCUAAGCACAAAAUAUUUGAAGUUAUACAUAAUCUUCAUAAAAUAUAUUUACAUAUUUAAGACAAUAACCACCUAAAUGCAAAUAAGAAAUUAAUCAAAAUUUUAAUAUAUUUAGAAUAAAAAAUAUUAUAGUUGAAUUCAGAGAUGCAAUCCAAAUUACGCAAAUGAUAACUAAAUUGAUUGUAAAAACAACAAAAUCGAUUAAAUAUAACAUAUAUAAAAUCAUAUGUAUUAUUAAAAUAAUAUAAUAUUAUAAAUAUAAAUGAUGCAUACAAAUUAUAAAUUAAUUUAAAAUUAAAAGUAAAUAACAAUCAAUUAUUAUAGUAUAUUUAUUUCAAAAACAUUUAUACCCGUGUAUGAGCACGGAAAAAUUACCUAGUAAUCUAUUAAAAUCGAAGUAUAAUUAAUAUUUAACUGAUUUUUCUUAAUAUUUACCAUUACAUGCCACUGAGCAUAAAAUAUGGUAGUUUUGUUACAUUCCUAAACAAGACUAAUUAAAUUUACGGAUUUAACCUUAAACAAAUAUUAUUUUAAUAAGGUCAUCAAUUUUUUUUGAUGAAAUGUUAAAUUUAUUGAUCAUCAUGGAAAAGAAUAGUUAUGUACAAAAUGAAUCUAGAAACUCAAAAACUUUGCUCUUUGUCUCUGUCCUUAUCCAAUAUGGGUCUCAAACCAUCGCUGCAUCAGUCUCGUUAAUCUUCUCUUCUCAUAGUAUCGAGUUGACAUAAUCCUCUGUUUUAUAGUCUUCUCUAUCACCCUGGCAAGCUGGUUUGCUGGUCUACUCCGUUGUGUGUCGUCUCUCGUUACGUUCCCGUCAAAUGUAAUAUAUAGUAACUUGUAAUGCUAGCCUCAGGAGAAUAGAAACAAGCCUAUCAUGUGUUGAGUGGAGAAUCCGAGCCAGAAUUUCAUUCUAGUCAGGUGAUGGCGCCGGUCGGAGUAAAGAUCCAAUAAUCUGCAACCAUAAGCCAUAUGUGUAUGGGCAAUCAAAAAACAAAUGGUCUCUUGAUUCUUCUGGUUCUCCACAGAAAGUGCAGCCCUGUAUUACUCCCCAAGUUCACAUUCUGGAUCCAGUAGAGAGUCGAUCUUUAACAGUUAGCCAGGUUACAAAAGCAUAUCUGGCACACCUUGUUUAAACCAAAUCAGCUUUGGCCAGGGAACCUUAGUAUUUUGGGCGCGCACCAUGUUCCAAGUAUUGUAGGCUGAUAAUUCUGAUCCAUACUCUACAUCUCAUGGCUUCCAUUUCACAACAUCAUCCACAUUUGGCAUCAAUAACAGUGGCUUUGCCUUUAUCUGCGCAAGCACUUGCUCUAUACUGCUAUCUCUUGAGUUCUGAAAUCUCCACUGAUCAUUGACUAAGACAUCAGCAAUCUUUGCAUUGCGGACUAUGCUCAGCUUCUGAGUUCCCGCUCACCAAUUACUUCAAUCAAGUGCCCGAUAGGAAGCCAUAUAUCAGUCCAGAAUCCAACAGUUUUGCCAUUUCGAACUUCCAUACACAGAAACUGCUUGGCAGAUGGUCUCAGCUGGAGGAGCUUCUUCCAAAUCCAUGAGCCCACUGCCCCUACCCGAGCAUCCCGAAAGGACUCCCCGUGUAGUAUAAUCUGCUUCACCCAUUGAACCCAGAGGGAGGUUGAGUUGUUGAAAAGAUGCCAUAUCAAUUUCAGAUCAAACACCGCAGAUACAUCCUUUAUUCUACGAAUCCCGAGACCUCCUUCAUCCUUUAGUUUACAAACCUCCUCCCAUGCGAUCUUUGACUUAGAAGAGAUAUUGGGUGAGCCGCUCCACAUAAAUGCCGAACACAUACACUCAAUCUCAUCAAUGCAGCCCUGAGGAAGACUAAACAGCUAUAUUUACGUAGUUUCAGAUGAUUUGUAUUAUAAUGAUAAAUCCAUUGUUAUUCAAAUGAAGAUUUUAAAAACUAUUUUAAAAUCCAGUGUUAUUGAAUUUGUCAUUUUAUAAAGCACUUUGAUAUCUACUGUUAUUGAAGAAAAUUUAAAUUGGUGAUUUUAGAGUGUUUUAAAUGUCUUAAAGGUGUUUGAGAAGGAUUUCUUAGUUGUAAAAAUUCAAAUUCCAUGGUUUUAGAUGAAAUUGUAAGAAUUGUUUAAUAAAAAUCACAUUAAAUUAUAAUAUUCACCUAAACUCAUCUAAAAACUCACUAAAAUCAAAUCACUUUAAAUUUCAGAUUCAAUACACCUCCUCCCAUGCCGUUCUUCUCAAUCUAUGAUUUUUCUUUUGUCUAAAUUAUAGCUGAAAAAAAUCAUUUACAUCCAACAUGUUGAUGUUGUGUGUAUUUUCUCUUCCGUAUAUUCAAGGUUAGUGGACUACAAUAAUUAGAUUAUCUUAUUUAUUAUUGGAUUCGGAUUGAUUCUCCAACUCGAUAAUCCAGCCCAUUUUAUAAUUGCUAAUCUUUCAAGGAAAAGCCAACUCGAUAAUCCAGCCCAUUUAAUAAUUGCUAAUCUUUCAAGGAAAAGCUAACUCGAUUAUUUUCCACAAACGUACACACGUAGAGAACAUAUUGAUCUUGAUUGUUCAGAAAAGCCGUGUGUACUUAUUCAUAUAUAUAGCUUGUGAAUAUCUUCACUACCGAUUUGUUUUAAAGGUAGACGUAUAUAUCUUUAGUCUCCGACCAUCUUAAUAUGAUUUAAUCUCACGCCGACAAAAAAAUGAUUAUCUCACAAGUGUCUCGUAAGAUCAGCUAGUUCGACGUUUAGAUCAACAUCUUGUUUAGUCAUAUAAAACACACGUUAUGAAUCUAUUUAAACCAACAACGUAGAAACCCUUGCUCAUGUGUUGUUCCUUUCUAACAUAAAAUGUCACCCCUAAACAACGAUAAAAAAUGUAAAGCUCGUGUAACAUAGUGGAAACGCACCAACACGCAACCUCUUCGAGGAAUCCUCAACAAAGCAAACACGUUGAAAAAAAAAGUCAAUAUAUUCUCUUGCCAUUUGGCUUGAUGUCGGUUUGGCAAAGCCACACGUACAUAAUGUAACAUAGCUUCAUGACUAAUCAAUCCCAAAGUAUUCCCUUUAUGUUGAUCCGUCAUCACUUCCACAUUAUUGUCGUCAUUAUCCUUUUAGUUUGGUAAUCAAUAUUUUAUGAUUAAACGUGACAUGUACUAUUUCCAUUAUUCUCCAACACACAAAAAAACACAUUUCUGAAUUAAUAAUCAGAAACAUUAGUACUCUUGGACCCUCUUUGAUUAACCGUUAAACUAUCACUUUAGCAAAACCUCCUCGUCAUUACUUUGGUUUCGUUUUUUAUAUAAAUACGUUAACUAGCUUUCUAGUUUCUCUAACUUAAUUUAGUUUGUUUCUUGUUUUCUAAUUUUUUAACAUAUCACAGUUAUUAUUCCACAAGGUCAUGUCAGAAAAUUAUAUUGCAACCCCUAAACAUGAAAAGAACCCUAGACUUGAAAAUGGUAUAGUGAAACUUGGGCACAUUGUGUUCUAGAGUCAACAAUGAGUGAAUACUUUUUUCAUAUUGCUAUUGAACCUAAUGUGAAGUAUUUAUUUGUCUCCUGAAGUUAUUAUAUUUCAUUGAAACAAUGAGAAAACAAAAUUAAAAUACCCAAUAUGAUUUGUGAAAAUCACAAAACAAUCGAUUAAUGAAAACAUUUUUCUUACAACCCGGAAGCAUCGACAUUUUUACUAGUUAAGACAUUAACAUUGGUCAAUCAUUAAUGAGUUUACAGUAAUUUGUAGUGAUAAACUCCAAACACAACAAUCAAAGAAGACUUUCUUCUUUUUUUUUCAAAUAACUAAUAUAUUUUAUUUUAUUUUCUUAGAGAAAACUUAACAUGAAGAAAAAUAGUUAAAAUUAUAUUUUAGAUUAUAUUUUAACAUAAGGAUUAAUUAAACUAAAUUAAGUUUUAACAUAAGGAUUUAUAAAAGUAAAGUUUUAACAUAAGGAUUUAUAAAAGUAAAGUAUUGGUUUUAUUUGUAACACACGGAUUAAUCAAGUUAAAGUACAGACUGAAGACCCAAACCAAAGAUCUUUAAUAUUCAGUUUGGUCGUUUACAUAAACACAUGUCAUAAACUCAUUGGUUAACACGAAAAGAAAGUCUCACGUGUAAUAACGCGAAAGCUAAAAAAGCUUUCUAAAAAUCUCUCCACCAUUUUACCAAACAAAGCGCCCCUCGCUUCCUUCCUUCAACCUCUUCGCUCCCUCUCUCUCUACACAAAGCAAAGCUACCAUCUUCUCUCUCUCCACCUCCUCUGUUCAGACACAGAGCAUCUCCAAACCUCUGUUCUGUCUCUUCGUCGCAAAUUUUGAAUUCGAAAUUUUAUAGAGACGCAACGGUUAAGAUUGGUGUAAUAAUGCCUUCGCUCAUCUCCGCCUGAUUCUGAAUCCAAUCCAAAUGGUGAGAUUCCAUCUCCGUUUCGCCUUAUUCAUCAUCCUCAUCGUUUCCACAAAUCCGAAUUUAUUCAACGGAGAAUACAAUCCGCCGACACCUUCUCCGGCGCCGGAGCCUCACCCUGAUGACGAAUCGUCCGUUUCAUGUGUCGAUGACUUAGGAGGCGUUGGCUCAUUGGAUUCCACGUGUAAGCUCGUCGCCGAUUUGAAUCUCACACGUGACUGUUACAUCUCCGGUAAGGGAAACCUCCACGUGUUGCCCGGCGUGAGAUUGGUCUGUCAGUUUCCGGGAUGUUCGAUCACGGUCAACAUCUCCGGGAACUUCUCAUUGGCCGAGAACUCGACGGUUGUCGCCGGUGCCUUCCGUCUCGCGGCGGAGAACGCUGAUUUCGCGGUUGGCUCGGCGGUGGACACGACCGGAUUGGCUGGGGAACCGCCGGAGGAGGCGAGCGGUACGCCGGUGGGAGUCGAAGGAGCUGGCGGGGGAUACGGCGGAAGAGGUGCAUGCUGCUUGGCCGAUACGACGGCGAAGGUUCCGGAGGAUGUGUGGGGCGGCGACGUGUACGGUUGGUCGUCUCUUGAGAAGCCGGAGGUUUAUGGGAGCAGAGGUGGGUCCACGAGCAAUGAGGUUGAUUACGGUGGAGGUGGCGGCGGAAAGGUGGCGAUGGAGGUGGUAGGGUGUGUGGGGCUAAACGGCAGCGUUUUGGCUGAUGGGGCCAGUGGUGGAGUUAAAGGUGGUGGUGGGUCCGGCGGCAGCAUCUUCGUCUUGGCACAUAAAAUGGCAGGGAAUGGUCGUAUAAGUGCUUCUGGAGGUGAUGGUUAUGCUGGUGGAGGUGGUGGACGUGUAUCUGUCCAUAUAUUCAGCUGCCAUUCUGAUCCUAAAAUCUUUGUCCAUGGAGGUAGUAGUAUUGGUUGUCAAGAAAAUGCUGGAGCUGCUGGGACACUGUAUGAUGUUAUUUCAGAGAGGUUAACGAUAGACAACGAGAAUAAGACAACAUAUACAGACACUCUUCUCUUGGAGUUUCCUAACCAUCGCCUAUUCACUAAUUUGUAUAUCCAAAAUAUGGCUAAAGUUUCUGUUCCCUUGCGUUGGAGCCGUGUCCAGGUUCAAGGAUCAAUAAGUUUGUCAAACGGUGGAGAGUUGAACUUUGGUCUUCCUCGUUAUGCUUCUUCGGAAUUUGAGUUAUUUGCAGAGGAACUCUUGUUGAGCAAUUCUGCUAUCAAGGUGUUUGGGGCUUUAAGAAUGAAUGUCAAGGUGUUCUUGAUGUUGAAGUCAAGAAUGUUUAUUGAUGGUGGUGGUGUGACAAUUUUAGGAACUUCAAUGCUCGAAAUUAGUAACUUGUUAGUGCUCAAGGAGUCAUCAGUUAUACAAUCCAAUGGAAACCUUGGAGUACAUGGGCAGGGUCUGUUAAAUCUAACAGGCACAGGAGAUACAAUAGAAGCACAGCGUCUAAUUUUGUCUUUGUUUUAUAGCAUUCAGGUUGGAGCCGGAGCUGUUUUGCGUGGUCCUUUGCAAAAUUCAUCAUCUGGUGGCCUUACUCCAAAGCUUUACUGUCAACGUGAAGAUUGCCCUGUUGAGCUACUCCACCCGCCUGAGGAUUGCAACGUCAAUUCAUCUCUCCCAUUCACUCUUCAGAUUUGCCGUGUUGAGGAUAUAACUGUUGAAGGUCUAAUUAAAGGAUCGGUUGUCCAUUUCCAUCUGGCAAGAACCGUUGUUAUCCGCUCUUCUGGAACAAUAACUGCAGACGGGAUGGGAUGCAAAGGGGGAGUUGGGACAGGUAGGUUUCUGAGAAGCGGUGUUGGGAGUGGUGGUGGACAUGGUGGUAAAGGUGGAAGCGGGUGUUACAAUCAUACUUGCAUUGAGGGUGGUGAUUCUUACGGAAAUGUAGAUCUACCGUGUGAACUUGGCAGUGGAAGCGGAAAUGAAGAGUCAGAAGAUUCUGUUGCUGGUGGAGGAAUCAUUGUGAUUGGUUCGCUUGAGCACCCACUUUCAAGCUUAUCACUUGAGGGAUCGAUAACAACUGAUGGUGAAAGUCCCAGGAAGACACUGAAAGGCAUGAAUAAUUAUAGUAUAGGACCUGGUGGUGGUUCAGGUGGAACAGUGCUUUUGUUCUUGCGUACACUUGACAUAGCGAGGUCUGCGAUUCUAUCUAGUGCUGGAGGAAACGGUAGUCUAAAGGGAGGUGGUGGAGGAAGUGGUGGAAGGAUUCAUUUUCAUUGGUCAGACAUUCCAACUGGUGAUGUCUAUCAUCACAUUGCCAAUGUAGAGGGAAGCGUUUAUGUAAGAGGAGGGUUGGGUGCUAGUGAAGAAAACGUUGGAGAGGCAGGGACUUUAACUGGUAAAGCUUGUCCGCAAGGGCUCUAUGGUCUAUACUGCGAGGAAUGCCCAGCUGGAACUUAUAAGAAUGUUACAGGAUCUGAUGAAACUCUUUGUCAUCUUUGUCCGGCUACAGAGAUUCCCAAUCGUGCUGUUUAUGUCACUGUUCGAGGUGGUGUUGCGGAAACGCCAUGUCCAUACCAAUGCGUUUCGGAUAGAUACCACAUGCCACACUGUUAUACUACACUUGAAGAGUUAAUAUACACAUUUGGUGGACCCUGGCUGUUUGGCAUUCUUUUAGUAGUUGUGCUCCUUCUACUAGCACUUGUUUUCAGCGUUGCUCGAAUGAAAUUUAUUAGCGGCGAGGAGGUACACGGUGCUGCCGCAACUCAUCAUGGCUCUCAGAUUGAUCACUCAUUUCCAUUCCUCGAGUCAUUGAACGAGGUGAUGGAGACAAGCAGAGUGGAGGAAUCACAAGGACACAUGCAUAGGAUAUAUUUCUUAGGUCCUAAUACUUUCAGUGAACCUUGGCAUCUUUCUCAUACUCCCCCAGAGGAAAUAAAAGAGAUUGUGUAUGAGGCUGCUUUCAAUGGAUUUGUUGACGAGAUCAAUGCUAUAGCUGCAUACCAAUGGUGGGAGGGUGCUAUUUACGUAGUGCUUUCAGUUCUUGUCUAUCCUCUUGCAUGGUCAUGGCAGCAAUCACGAAGGAGGCUGAAAUUUCAGAAACUCCGUGAUUUUGUUCGAUCAGAAUAUGACCAUUCUUGUCUACGCUCAUGUCGUUCUAGAGCUUUAUACGAGGGGCUAAAGGUGGCUGCUAGUCCUGACUUAAUGCUAGCUCAUCUAGAUUUCUUCCUUGGCGGCGACGAGAAGAGAAACGAUCUUCCUCCUCCUGUUCAUCAAAGACUCCCAAUGCCUUUCGUUUUUGGAGGCGAUGGGAGUUACAUGGCCUAUUACUCACUCCAGAGUGAUGAGAUUCUCACCAGUCUUAUGAGUCAGGUGGUCUCGCCAACCACUUGGUACCGCUUUGUUGCUGGUCUGAACGCUCAGCUGCGCCUGGUUCAGCAAGGGAAGCUUAGGUCCACGUUUCGCUCGGUUAUGAGAUGGAUCGAAACUCACGGUAACCCUGCCUUGAGAAGACAUGGUGUGCGUGUUGACUUAGCUAGGUUCCAGGCUUCUCCUUCGUCGUCAUGUCAGUAUGGGAUCAUUGUUCACACCAUUGUAGAUGAAGUGGCAUCACCAACAGAACAGCAACCUUUCACACAAUAUCUAAGUAGCUCAGUCAUAGACAUUGGUAGCUUACAGUUUCUCAAAGAAGAAAAGGAUGUCCUGUCCUUCAUCUCCUUCUUGAUUCAUAACACGAAACCUGUUGGCCAUCAGGAUCUGGUUGGUUUGGUUAUCUCGGUGCUUCUCCUGGGAGAUGUAACUCUAAUGAUGCUCACGCUGCUUCAGCUCUACUCCAUAUCUAUGCUGGACGUUUUUCUCGCUUUGUUUGUUUUGCCUCUAAGCAUCGUUUUCCCGUUUCCUGCUGGUGUCAGCGCUUUGUUUAGCCACGGACCGAGGAGAUCUGCUGAACGCACUCGCGUUUAUGCGUUGUGGAACCUCACAUCCCUGGUCAAUGUUGUUGUUGCGUUUGUGUGUGGAUAUGUUCAUUACCAUGGCUCAUCAUCUGGAAAAAAGAUUCCUUAUCUCGAGCCGUGGAACAUUAGCAUGGACGAGAAUGAAUGGUGGAUAUUUCCGGUGGCUUUGUUCUUGUGCAAAGUGUUGCAGUCCCAGCUUGUGAACUGGCACGUUGCAAACCUUGAGAUACAAGAUUACUCCUUGUACAGUGAUGACUCCGAGCUGUUCUGGCAGUCAUAAACCAUAAUUUUAUCAUACAAAACACACGGUGAAGGGAGCUGGUUUUUUUAAAAAGGCGUCUUCUGGUGCACAAGAUUUUUCAGGUGAAUAUAUAUAUAUAUAGCUAACUAUUUGAUUCCCAAGCCAAGAUCCAUCUUGUGUGUGUUUUUUUAUUACUUUGAUGGAUCUUUCUGGGAUGUAUGUUUUGGUGUUUUAAAUGAUGUCUGUCUUCACCUACAAAGAUGGUUUUGGGAGAUCGUUUUAUGAAUUUAUAUGUUGUAAACAUUGGUUUGGUCUUUGUUUACAAAGAAGGAUCAGUGGAUAUGAAAUGGAUUGAGUUUAGGUA